AUGGAUUUCCCACACGAGAAUCCUCAUUGUCCUUCGUUACCACCCCAACAAUAUGUCCUGACAACCCAGAUUUCCGGCCAGCCUUUCAUCUGUAACCAUCCAAACUGGUAUCUGCAACCCACCGCUUAUCCCUUGCAUGCCGCGGAAUGCUAUCUUCCCUUCGUAUUUAGUGAUGUUCAAAUGAACAACUCGGCUCCUAUUAUGCCCUCGUCUCUUCAAACUCAGAGGAUAGAACGACGUGUGGCUACUGCUCAAGCUUCGAAGCUCGAACAACUUCGCGCGAAUCACGUAAAUGAUGAAAAGAAGAAUAGAACCCACAUGACUAAACCAGAAUCGAGAGAGUCAGACGCGCUGCUAAUUUUGGAUCCUAAGACACGCACUCCUCAUGUAUCCCAACCUGGUGCUUCUCCGUCACCCUCCUCUACGUCAUUUCCUCGAAGGCAUGGCGUUGGAUGCAGAUCUUCAUUUACCUCCACAGGCAUGGCUGAUGUGGAAUCCUCAGAAAGCCAUCCGUACGGAGUAAAAACCUCAGAAUCGGAAAAUGAUUCCACUCCGACUAGGGAAACGACACUAUCGCGAGAACGCAUUAAACACCCUGAUUUAGUGAGGCGAGUUAAUGAGACCUGUAAUGAACAAAGAUGCAUUGAUAACAUCACCGAUCAUCUCUGUCAGCGUCUUCAUUUAGGAGGUCCGGAAUCAUCCACGUCUUCUUUCGAACCGCGCUUAGAGGUUGUUGCUGGUACACACUCGAACUUGGAGUCCAAACGCAGCAAGAACAAUCGCAAGGCUAAGUUGGAUUCGCCUCAAGAUCCGCCUCAAACCAAAGCUAAUACCACUUUCACGAGACCAAAGUGCCUAAAAACGACUAAACUGGAAUCUCCUUCCCCACGGAUGGGAGAUCCGACUUCGUGGGCUGCCGUAGCAUCCGCACCACCAAAUCUCAAAAUAUCGGAGGUGCGUGUGCUCAAACGCACCGAGCCGCUUCCAACCGCUGCUGCCACCAUCGCUAGCACCGCCUCGCAUCCACGGAUGCGAAGGAAGGCGUUGCGAGCGCAGCGUAAUCCGCGGCGCGGGGGUUAUCUCACCGACCUUAUGAAGGAGCGAAUGCUCUUUCGCUACCGGAGCCUUCUGGCUCAGAGCACCGCGCCUAGGCGCCGUGGCCAGGAGCGCUUGACGCCUAGGAGGAAACAUUACUCUCAUCUCAAGGCUGGCAUCCUCCGCGAUCGUCUCGUCAGGGGUAUGGUGGGACAAAUGACACACCCGUGUGAGGAGAAAUUCAUUCUCGCCGAGGCCACACGCAAUGUUGUGAAGAUAGUUUUGCCAAGUAUGCCAGACUUGGAGGCACCCGUGGAGGAGAUGUUAAAAAAACUGGCGGAAUUUCAUGAUCGGGCCUACAAACAGACAGCGGAGGCGCCUGCGAAGCGAAAGAACACUCGUCGCAUUGUCUGCGGCUUUCAUGAGGUUAUCAAAAGCCUCAAGCUGGACAAACUCAAAUUCCUUAUUAUUGCCAAAGAUCUUGAAAAAGGCGCCUAUGAAAUAGAGGAGGAGGGAUCGAAUCAAACAGAGGGAGCGGUCGAUCUGCCGAAAAAGUCGAACGCCUUGGCCAAGACACUCAAACAAACCGUUGACAUGGCCCGCGAACGUGGAUGUCCAGUGAUGCUGGCUUUUAAACGACGUUACUUGCAGCGCUUAUGUCAUAAGGGCGCUGCUGUGAGCUGCGUGGGUGUGAUAAACCUUGCUGGUGCCGAGGAUCUAGCAAAGCCGAUCAUGGAAACAUAUCGCCAAGCGGUUAACGCAGUUGGCGAGCCGCAAGUGAUCCUGGAAAUAGCUAAAGUGCCCGCUUUAAACGUGUGCCGAACCCUUCCUGAGAUGGAUGAACCCUUUGCAUCGAAGCCAACUGAGACUAUUACUUCCCUGGACGUGGAGAGUACCACCGAUACGGAUACUCAGUCAUCGAGUCCAAGGGUCGGCACAGCCGUUAAAGGGUGGUUCCAAGGUCAUGCAUUUAUCAAAAAGAAUCUUCACAAACCUGCAACUUGCCAUCAUUGCUGUGAUCUCCUUUGGGGCAUACUUGGAACCACUGGGAUGAUAUGCGAAAUCUGCAAUUUUCUUGCGCACGAGAAAUGCAUCCGUCAAGUUGUCUCCCCCUGUACCUGCAUAAUCCCAUUUUUAAUUCAGGAUCCCAUGGCCCAUUGCUGGUCAGAUGUUGGUCAUUUUAAACGGAAAUUCUGCAACGUCUGUCGAAAACGAUUGGAUGACUUGCUGUCUGUCAGAUGCGAGAUCUGUGAGUACUACACCCACUACGAAUGCUUGGAAUUCGUCUCAGCAGAUUGCAAAGUUUGCUCCAUCUCAACUCCCUCCAAGGAUCGCGAAAAAUCGCCAACCCUCCUUCGCAAGCCGAGUGUUCUAGCAUCGUUGGGCUUACCAUUCUCCAACAUCGCGGACAUUCCCGAGUUGCACUCGGCCCUUGGUAUGGCCAGUACGCCUGGCAGCAGCAGUGGUUGUGGUGGUGGCGCUACUGGCAUUAGUGAUACUGAGUCCGUUCCCCCACGUCCCUGGACUGGAGGAAUGGCCGCAUUUGCCGCCUAUGCAAUGCGCUCUGCAGCGAUCCAAGCAGCUGCCGUCACCACUGCCACUGCCGCCACUUCAAGCUCGGUGAAUUCGGGUGGAACACUCGCUUCAAGCUCCACUGCUACCGCAACCACCACAUCGGCCUCCUCCUCACCCUUCCCCCAGACCGGCGUAAGCGGGGUGAGCGCUCCGACUAACCUGCCUCCGAGUCCCGUCUCCCCUCAGGCACCCCCGCCUCUUCCAUUCACCAUUACACCCCAAACUGAUGUACCCGUACAUCACUGGCGCGAGGGCAAUCUGCCUGCCAACUCAAAGUGCAGCAGCUGCAAGAAAACCUGUUGGUCCGCCGAGUGCCUGACUGGCAUGCGCUGCGAGUGGUGCGGCGUAACAGUGCACUACACGUGCUUUCGAAACCUCCCCAUGGAAUGCGACUACGGGUCUCUGAGGGAUAUCAUGCUGCCUCCGCAGGCUGUCUCCAUUCCCAGAACCAGUCUUCUCAUGGAACACAUUAUUGGUCUGCCCAAACCCCAACCGGACUUCUUUCCUGGCCUUCCGGCUCUGAUGGAUGAGUUCACCAGUAGUGGUGAGAGCUUGGAGGAAUCUGGCUUCGAGCGUCGAACGAAUCGUGACAAAUCCGAUCGCGACUUUGAUGAUUAUGUCCGCGUGUACGAUGGCAUGGACCGCUACAGGCGACAUCAGUGUCGGUACCUCUCAUUGGGAAAAAAUGUUUCUGUUCGAAAAGUGAUUGAACUAUCUCUCAAGGCAUUCCAACUUCCUCCUGAUGAAGAAAAGGAUUUCUAUUUAGUUGAAAUUAAUGAGCGAGAUGGCAGCGAGCAUCCGUUAGACUCGAACACUCCAUUCAAGCGCCAGCUUCAAUUUGAGACCCGGCGACCUCAGAUCAUCCUUCGAUAUGUCGAGCGGGAGGAGAAUCGCGAUUAUAUCAAUGUCUAUCCUGGAUCACUAGUCGACUACGCUGACAUAAGUGUACCCUCAAUCCAGGUCUCCAUAACACCGACAACUUCAGCUCACGAUGUGCUUGUCCUUUCGCUCCAUCGGUUAGGCGUUGGCUAUCUGGACGCUAAUAAGUUUAACUUGGUGGAGACGGUUGUGGACCGUGGAUUGGUUGAGCGAGUGCUUCAUCCGAACGACCGUCCUUGGGAGAUAAUUGAUAACGUCCGACUGGAGUCCGUCCGGGCCCUGCGCCUGACUCGCUUUUACAUUCGCUCCGUGAAGGAUCCUUAUGGUCAGGGCGUCUCUUUGUUUGUGGGGAACCUCAAAAGGGGCCUCAGUCAACGUCUCUAUGAAAUCAUUCUUCUUGAGCGCCUGGGCUAUCAGAACAAAUGGGACGCCAUAGAGGUGAUCUACUACGACUUUGGAAGUCUAGUGGUGAUAUACUCGAAUGCAGAGAAGGCAGACGAAGCCUACCGCCUUUUGAAGAACAGUACAUUUGAGGAUCGGCCGAUUCUCGCGAUGAUUUUGCCCCGAAUAAAGCCCGAACACAUCCUGGAUGGCACGCAACCACUACUAGUUUUCGUGAACGUCAAGUCCGGUGGGUGUCAGGGCCUAGAGCUUAUCACAUCUUUCCGAAAACUGCUCAAUCCUCAUCAGGUGUUUAAUCUGGAUAAUGGUGGUCCUCUGCCCGGGCUGCAUUGUUUUCGGCACCUCUCGCGGUUCAAAAUCCUCGUGUGCGGCGGUGACGGAACGGUGGGCUGGGCACUUUCCUGCUUGGAUAAUGUGGGUCAGGAUGCUGCCUGCCCCACCCCACCCAUGGCCAUCUUACCCAUUGGGACGGGCAACGACCUCGCGCGCGUUUUACAUUGGGGUCCAGGAUACACAGGCACCGAGGAUCCCCUGCAAAUCCUCCGAGACGUGGUGGAGGCGGAGGAGAUACGCCUCGACCGCUGGACAGUUGUCAUUAAGCCAGAUCAGGUUGAGAGUGACGCGCAGAAGAAGCAGCUGCAGAUAGAGGCGAACACCUGCAACACCAACGAGGACACCAGCCGCAUUUUUGUGAUGAACAACUAUUUCGGCCUUGGCAUCGACGCCGACCUCAAUCUUGAUUUCCACCUGGCUCGUGAGGAGAACCCAGCUAAAUUCAACAGCAGAAUCCACAACAAGUCGGUGUACUUCAAGAUGGGUCUACGGAAGAUGGUGAACCAGACGAAAUGCAAGGACUUGCACCAGAAUGUCCUCAUUGAGGUGGACGGCCGGCAGUUGGACCUGCCACCCAUAGAGGGUAUUAUUAUCCUCAACAUCCUCUCGUGGGGUGCUGGCGCCAAUCCAUGGGGUAUGGAGAAGGAUGAGGCCUUCGCUAAGCCCACUCACUACGAUGGCCUCCUCGAGGUCGUCGGCGUCACUGGGGUCGUUCAUAUGGGCCAAAUCUUCUCCGGUCUCCGCACCGGCACGCGUCUCGCUCAGGGCGGACACAUAAGAAUCACACUGAAAUCAGAUAUCCCCGUCCAGGUGGAUGGCGAGCCGUGGAUUCAGUCACCGGGGCAGAUUGUUGUUCUGCGCUCCGCAUUGAAGGCGACAAUGCUGAAGAAGCGAAAACGGCGAAAAGUCAACCGUCGCCACACAGAGCCCGGCUUGGGGGCAAAUAGUGGAGUGGCGGUAGAUGCUUCGAGUGGAGCUAUGCUACCUGCCAUUCUACCCACUACUACCGCUGUUGUCGAAACCGGUUCCUCCUCAACUACCACCACCACUACUGUUUUCUCUGCCAGCCCUUUGCCCUCCAUAGUGAACAGUAGCAGCGGUGGUGGCGGCAAGUCCCGUCGCGGACUAACAGCUCUGCGCUCGGAAGCCGCUAUUGGGGCCUCUCAGUUUACCCUCCACUCACAGGUAGCGAUUCCCUCGGACCGUCGGCCAGUGACACCGACGCCCUUCCUUCUACACGAUUUCACUCUUGAGGACCGAUUCAUCGACUGUGGCAGUGGACCCGAACUGGCUCCCCUAUCUGCCAAUCACAGUCAUGUGGAUGAAACUGUCGCUGCCGUGACCUCUGGCACUUCCUCUUCCCCCUCCUCUGCUUCGCCCGAUUUCCUCCUCAACCCCACGCUGCCUGAGGAAUAG